AUGCCGAAAAAUAAGCAGCGCGUAUCCGUUGAUACCAGCAAGAUUAAAUUUGUCGAGAACUCCGAGUCGGAGGAUAUAGAAAUUGAGGAUGAAAAUAAUAGCGAUGUUGAAAAUGUUAGCUCCAGCGACGACAUCCUGAGUGACGACGGGAAUGAGGAAUCCUCGCUGGGAGGAGAAGGCAGAAAAAAGAAGAAAAAAAAAAUAGCAGCCCAGGGGGAGGAUGACGAAGAAGAUGAUGACAAUGAUGACAAUGAUGAUAAUGAUGAGGAGGAGGAGGAGGAGGAGGAGGAGGACGGCGAUGAGGACAGUGAUGCAGACGAUCACCAGCACGAUGACGAAUUCGUUCGCGUACCUUGGAAAAAGGAUAAACAGAAUUACUACCAAUACGAAAGCGAAGACUCAACGAGCGAUGAUGAAGAAGGCAACAAGGAGAGAAUCAAAGAGGCCAUGUACCUCAGCAGGAAGGAGAAGGAAAACUUAAAAGAAGACGACUUCGAUUUGUAUGGCAUAUACAAUGAAGACAAGGAAGGCAAGUUAGGAAAAGGAGCCAAAGAAUCGUACACCGUCCAUGAGAAGGAAAAUAUCAUUAAAAAGCUAAUCAGCGAUAUGAACGCGGAAAUGAAGGAAAAAAAAAAAAAAGUGGGUGAAGAAAAUGACCAAGAUGAACAGAUGAAGGAGGAUGAUCAAAUGGAAAAUCUCGUAAUGAGCGAACGGGAGGAGUACAAAAUUUUGUUAAAAGAACUCUCCCUGAAUAUUCAAAAAGUUUACAACGAACUGAAGGAAAACAAAAGGCUCUUCCAAUUUAAGGAAAUUAACGAACAGAAUGUUAACCAAGCAGAUAUCAAUAAGAACACACUCCUGUACCUGAAGAAGAAAAACGAAACGAUGCUUACCUAUAUCAUAUACAUCACGUACUACGUCUUUCUUAAAAUUAUGAAUGCCUAUACGCAUAAUCACCCCGUGUUGGAUAAGCUAAUUUACAUGAACACCAUAAUUGCUAAGACGAAUGAACUGGAUAAUAAAAUUAAAUUCAAGAUUCAGCAGCUGAACAAGUCAUCCUCGGGUCGCCAGCUGGGCGAGUUGGACGCAUCGGGAAGUGAAGAGGCAGAGGCCCCCAAGCGGGUCGGCCGACGCGUGCCCAAGGGGGAUGACGAAGAUGAUGAUGAUGAUGAAGAAGUAGACGAAGAAGAAGUGGAAGAAGAAUUAGACGAUGAGGAGGAUGAAGACGACGACGAUGAAGAUGACAACGAUGAAGAUAAUGAAGAGGAUGAGGAAGAUGAGGAGGAUGACAAUGAUGAGGAGGAGGAGGAAGAAGACGUGGUGGACUCCGCAGAGGAAGCCCAAGCGGGCAAGGGCAAAAAGUACAAAAUCAGCAAGAGCCUCAUAACCGAGUACACGGACAGCCACAUCCGGGAAAGGGAAAGGGAGGAAAAGAAAAAAAAAAGAGAAAAAAUGAAAAACGAAAGAAACAUAUUCCUCAAGGAAAUUAAAGACAUGGUAUCCACAAGACCAGAAAAAAUAGAAGAAGAAAAUUACUUUAAAAAAAUGGAAGAAAAAUUAAUGAACUUUGACGAAAAAAUAUUGAAGAAAAAAAUCAAAGCUUUGAGCAAAAAGAAAAACAAAAUGAGCAACUUGAAAAACGUGGGAAUGACGUCAAAUGAUUUGCUAAAGUUUGUGGAGUUGCCAGAGAUGAAUGAAGAAGCGGAUAGGAAAAACAACAUGGACGAAACAAAAAUGUUUAGGAGUAACAUUAACAAAAUGAAGCAAAUGAAAAAAAUGAAAGGAGCAAACAACGCCAAUGAUGAUUUCGUUUCUUUUAAGAAGUUUGAAAAAAACACAAAAUGGAACAACUCGCAUCAGAAGGAAGAGCUUGGUAAAUCCACACAUUUUAUGAGCACCAAAAAUUUACAUAACGAAAUAGACGACGAAAAUAUUAAAAAUAUGUUAAGCUUGAAAAAGAAGAAAAAGGAAGAGAAAAAAUUCCUCAAAGAUCAGAAGAACAAAGAAAUAAGAAAAAAAUUAGUCGAUGAAGAAAACGAAAUUAACGAUAGAAGAAUGCCCAACAAAAACAUUUUACAAAAUAGAGGACUCGUAAGGAAGAGAAAAUCAACCGAUGGAAAUGCAAGGGUUCACAAUAAACAAAAGUAUAUUAAAAAAAUGAAAAUGUACAGCGGCCAGCACGCCAAACUGAAGGUUCAUGAGAAUAACUAUUCAGGAGAGAAGAGGGGAAUAAAUCCCUACCUGAAGAAAUCCAUAGAUAUCAAAUGA